GCCCACCGAUAUAAGACGACGGGAUGCUGUCUCGGUAUCGUCGCCCUCUUGAAGACGCACACAAGCGCCCACCUCAUCUUUAUCUCACAAUUUUUCGGGCAUCUGCUGAUCUCGGCGCAGCCGACACUUCGCCACGCCGACCCCCCACCCACGCCCACCGAUCAUGACAGCCGAUACCCGCCCGAACGCGGUGGACUUGAGCCACCACCUCUCGCUGCUCGCGCGCUCGCGGCACCCGUCCCCGCUCAAAGACUUGAUCCGGUACAUGGGCGUGAAGGGGAUCAUCAGCUUCGCCGGCGGCCUCCCCGCCGCCGACUUCUUCCCGAUGCACUCGCUCAGCGCAAGCAUCUACCCCGCGAACACUGUGCUGGAUCCCGAGCACCCCUCCCCGCCAUCGCAGAGUGUCGAGUUCACGAUUCCGCGCCGCGCCGCGGCGCCCGCGUACGAUCUCGAGCGCGGGCUGCAGUACGUGGGCGGGCGCGGGCUGACGGACCUCGAAGUGCCGAUCCGCGCACUCACCGAGAAGCUGUGGCCGCCUGCGUACGCGGACUGGGACGUGCUCCUGAACAACGGGAGCACGGAUGGGUGGAUCAAGAUCCUCACACUCCUAGUCGAGAGCGGGGACCACAUCAUCUGCGACUCGCAGAUCUACCCAUCGGCGCAGGCGGGCUUCGUACCUAUGGGCGUCAAGGCGUUCCCGAUUGCUGGCGACGGCGAGGGCGUGAGUCCCGAGGCGCUGGCCAAGGGCCUUGAAGAGUGGGAUGAGAGCAGGGGGCGCAGGCCUCGCGUCAUGUACACUGUGCCCGUAGGCCAGAACCCGCUGGGAACGACGAUGGGGCCGGCCCGCCGCAAGUCCGUCUACGACGUUUGUGUCAAGUACGACGUCAUCAUCAUCGAGGACGACCCGUACUGCAUGCUCCAGUUCCCGCCGUACGUUGUGGGCCAGCAGCCGACGCCGCCAGCUCCCAAGGCGGACGUGGACGCAUUCCUCUCGAACAUGAGCAACUCGUUCCUCACGAUCGACACGCAGGGCCGUGUGAUCCGCAUGGACACGUUCAGCAAGACGCUGUUCCCCGGAGCCCGCUUGGGCUGGUUCACCUGCAACGCCAUGUUUGCGGAACGGCUCCUCCGCGGAACAGAGGUGCAGACGCAGGGCCCGAGCGGAUUCUCCGAGGUCAUCACGGGCGAGCUGCUGAACAAGUGGGGCGUGGACGGCUUCAUCGAGUGGAACACGAAUCUGUGCGAGCAGUACCGCGUGCGACGAGACUGGAUGCUUGAUGCCUUGGCGGCGGCUUUCGACCUCGUACCCGCCGAAGAUGCCGGUGUACCCGGCGCGAUAGGGCUCGUGGCCUUCCCGAAGCUGAAGGCGAAUGGCCGGAGAGGUCCGGCCAUUAUCUCGUUCGUACCCCCAGUUGGCGGCAUGUUCAUCUGGUGCAAGGCGCACUACGACACCCACCCGGCGUGGGCCGGGUUCCAGCCCGACCGGACGGACCAGGAGCGCGUGCGCGCCUUCGAAGAGAAGUUCUGGAUUCGCCUCGUGGACGCCCUCAUCCUCGUUACCCCCGGAUGGUACUUCUCGCCAUGGGAGGGCGGGGGCCACAGCCUGCACGAGGAGGGCUCGGGGCACUUCCGCCUCGCCUUCUCGUAUGAGCCCAAGGCCAACGUUGAUGAGGGGAUUCGGCGUCUGGCGGACAUGAUGACGAAGGAGUGGACCGGAGCGGUGGACAUCAGUGCAGGGUUGUAAUGCUUGUGGGGAGUGACGGGCUUAAGAUGUCAAGAUGGAGCUGAUGAAAGGCCGCGGAGGUAAUGUGGCGUUUGUAGUUGAUCAAUGCAAAACAAAAGCUGUGGCAGUGCCACUUGCUGUAUCCGCG